AUGGAAGCAAUUCAGCUGGCAAGAGACGUCACAACUGUUCAUGCGAAAGCCGGUUUUGAAAUCAGAAACUGGAAAUCUAAUUCCUUGACUGUCAUGAAAGCUCUAAAUGCACAGCCUACUGAUGAUUAUUCUGAUUUAAACCCGAGUGUCGAUCCUGCGUUAGAAAAGGUUCUAGGAAUGUGGUGGUCUCAGCGAAGUGAUGAAUAUACAUUCUCUCUACGAUUCAACAAGGGGAACCAACAAGUACUGAACGGUGAACACCGACCAACGAAAAGAGACAUUCUGCGAAUCCUCAUGUCCAUAUAUGAUCCGCUUGGGCUGAUAGCUCAUUUUUUGGUUUAUCUCAAGAUCUUGUUGCAAGACAUAUGGCGUAGUCGUGUUGAUUGGGAUGUUCCGGUAAAUGAUGACCACUUUGAAUCAUGGAAGAUAUGGCUGAAGGUUCUUCCUCAAGUUGAAAGGUGUCGCAUUCCAAGAUGUCUAUUGAAGAAUUUACCAAACUGGCUUGGAAGAACUGUGCAAUUACACGUUUUCAUGGACGCAAGUGAACAAGCAUGUGCCACUGUAGCGUACAUCAGAAUUAGUUCAGAAAAUCACAUCGAAUGUUCGCUAUUAGGGGCGAAGACAAAGGUCGCGCCGAUUAAGCUCCGCUCGGUUCCAAGAUUGGAACUGGAUGCUGCAGUUAUGGGAUGCAGAUUUGCCAAAAAGCUCACCGAUGAAAUGUCCAUAACAGUGAACAAAAUAUUCUUUUGGAGCGAUUCGAAGACAGUACUAAGUUGGAUAAAUGGAAAUCCCCAUCGCUAUAACAAGUUCGUAGCGUUCCGAGUAGCCGAAGUACAAGACAACGACCAAGGUGGAAGCUGGCGGUACAUUCAAUCAAAAUUCAAUGUUGCCGAUGACGCCACUAAGUGGACAAGACCACCAACGCUGGACCCUUCCGAACGAUGGUUUCAAGGCCCAAGUUUUUUGAUGGACAUAGAAGCCAACUGGCCAAAGAACAUACCAAUAACAAAUGGAACUGGCGAAGAACUUGUAUGCAUUCAUCAAGCACUUCAACCGUGGAUCAACAUAAGUCGUUUUUCAAGCUGUACUGGCAUUUUAUCUUGCGAAGAAUUACGAAAGGCUGAAACUAUUCUAUUCCGUAUUGCUCAGAGGGACGUUUAUUCUGAAGAAUUUUCAUCACUCAAGAAACAAAACAAGAUACCAAAUAAACCAAUUCGAGUUCCUGCUUCAAGCUCAAUCAAGAGGCUCUCACCAUAUCUAGAUGAUGAACAACAACUACUUCGAGUAAAGGGAAGAUUGGACGCGGCCCCAUGUAUCAACAUCAACACAAAGAGACCAAUCAUAUUGCCGAGGGAUCAUGCGAUUACGAAGCUACUGGUUCAACGAGUCCACGAAGACUUUCAGCACGCCAAUAACGAAUGUGUAGUCAACCAAUUGAGACAAAGGUACGUAAUCCCUAAGUUAAGACAACAAUUAAAGUGUGUUAUCAAAGUGUGCCAAUGGUGUAAGAUCAAUAAAGCAAAACCGAGCACACCUGAAAUGGCCCCUCUUCCUCCAGCAAGAUUAUCGCUGUAUUGUAAUCCGUUCAUGUUCACUGGAGUAGAUUACUUUGGGCCCCUCAUGGUAACAGUAGGACGACGUCAAGAAAAGAGGUGGGGUGUUUUAUUUACCUGCCUCACUACUAGAGCCGUACACGUUGAAUUAGCCCACAAGUUAGAUUCUGAUAGCUUCAUACUAUGCUUCCAAGAUUUUAUACAUAGAAGAGGGUCUCCACAAGAAAUCUAUUGCGAUCGAGGAACCAAUUUUGUUGGGGCAGAGAAGAUGCUACGACGUGAACUUGAGGCAAUAGAUCCAAACAUCAUAGCGAAGCGAUUCAUCAGUCCGACAACAAAAUGGGUCUUCAACCCACCAGCGUCACCCCAUAUGGGAGGAGCGUGGGAACGUUUAGUUCGCUCAUUCAAAAAAGCCUUAUACUUUUCAUUGCCAACAAAAACGCCGACUGACCAGCUGUUGAGAAGCUGCUUGGUAGCAGCUGAAGGUAUGAUUAACUCCAGGCCACUCACAUAUAUGCCUUUGAACGAUGAACUAGAAGAAGCCUUGACUCCAAACCAUUUCUUGAGGCUGGAUUCUGGAGGAGCCCAACCAAUCGCACAAAUCAACGAUAGCCCUAAAACACUGCGAUACACAUAUCAAUACAAGGAGCGAUUUGCAAACAAAUGCUGGGAUCGAUUCAUACAAGAGUAUGCACCUGAGUUGACUCUGAGAACAAAAUGGUAUAAUCCGGUGGAACCAUUGAAGAUAGGCGACCUCGUCAUCAUCGUCGACAAAGACCUCCCUCGGAACAAUUAUCCAAAGGGAAAGGUGAUCUCCGUUAAAGCUUCUUCCGAUGGACAGGUACGCAGUGCAACGAUUCAGACCAUCCACGGAGUUUUUGAACGACCAACAGUAAAAUUAGCGAAGCUGGAAAUCGGUAGUAGUGAUGUUUCAACAACUUCCCAACCGGGAAUUGUCAAACUGGGGGGAACUGUUAAGAAAAAUGAAAGUGGCAUCACUGAACUUGAAGACAAACGAAAUACAGAAAACAAGAAAGAACAUUUAAAGAAGAGAGACAACUAA